UCUUCGUUCGGUCUUUGAUGCAGCUUCCAUAUUUGUUGCUUGCCUCACGCAGUCGCUUGUCCAUUGCAACACCUGAUAUUGUUGUCGUCCUCACCCGUUCAAUCAGCAUUGUUGUACGCCCGGGCCAUCUAGGCUGCAGCCUUGUGGUGGUAAACACAAUGGCGUCCACGAGCAGACGACGCGGACCCGCGGCAUACCCACCCUUCGAGCCUCUUCCUGAUUGGAAACAAGAGGACUUGAAGCGUUCACAUGCAGUUUGGCAGUGGGUGGUUAAAGGUCAGGAGUGGGGUGUGGUGGGGGGUGGAAACUUCCUCAUGCGUUGUCGCCUAUGCGACGAGGUGUUUCCCGGUUCACGAUCGAGGGCAGUGGAUCACUUCACGAAAACGAAGGCGCAUUGCCCUCGACGGACGACUGAGAUACUGUGGCGCUUGCAGCGCCACGGAGCACAACUUUGGGACGCUAUGUCGCGGAGGUUGGUCGCGGAGUAUGCAGAUGCGAUGGAGGAGGAGCUGGCCGUGGAGGAUCUGGUUGGACGUGGCACUGCUGCCCCUGCUGAUGCGUCCGCCACGCAGACACGAACCGAUGGAGGAGAGGACGGGAGAGGUGCCGCAGGGCCAGAUGUCUUGCCAGAGAUGCCGCGGAUGAUGUUCGUGAGCGUUUGCGAGCGCUCGUCGAAUGAUCUCGCUCGUUUGUUGGCACUUGCAAUGUACCGCGGCGGCGUGCCGUUCAACUGGCUACGGCUGAAGGAGACGCAAAAGUAUUGGGACUACAUUGUCACACUCCUGCGGCCAUCCAUCGUACUAGCGCCACGCCUGCUCUCGUACGAGGGAGUGAGGGCGAGGAUGAUGGAUAUUAUAUACCACGAGGUUGCAACACUCAUCGCCCCCAAGAAGGCAAAGUGGAAGGACACCGGUUGCACCUUGAUGACUGAUGGUGCCACUGACCAGCGCAACAAGCCAAUAAUGAACUUCAUCGCAGCAGGCCAGUCAGGGCCAAUCCUUAUCCGCACCAUCGAUAUGUCGGCACGAGACAAGACAGGCGUGAGUUUGGCAAAGAUAUGGGAGGGGGUGAUACGAGAUGACAUAGGGGUGGAGAAUGUGAAGGCCAUCUGCACAGACAACGCGGAGGUUAUGAAGGCGGCAACGAGUAUUCUACAGGACCACCCAGACCCUGCCAUCGCACGGAUCCCUUGGAUCCCUUGCGCGGCGCAUUGCUUGAGCUUGCUGCUUAGAGACAUCGCGACACAGCCAUGGGCCGCUGAAGUGAUGAAGAGAGCGCAUAAGAUCAUCAAGUUCAUGCGGAACAAGCAAAAGGCACUCCAUAUUCAUCGAACCGCGAAAGGGGCCUUGGACCUGACACGCCCGGCUGACACUCGGUUCGGGACUGCAUAUAUGAUGCUGGAGAGGCUAUAUGAGCAGAGGAUGGUACUUGAUGGGGUCGUGUCCUCUGAUCAGUGGAGAGAUGCACGAUGGGCAGGAGACGCGCGUGUGGACGAGCCGGAGGUACGCAGACUUUGCAGAUCGGACUGGUGGUGGCAGCAGGUCAAGAAAGUGAUGGACGUGAUGGAGCCCUGCUACACCUUCUUGAGGGCCAUGGACUUCGAUGGUUCAUCACCCCCAGGGUUGUGGGAUUUGGAGUCCAUCUUGUGGAGGAAGAUUGAUGUAUUGGGCCUGUGGGAGGAUGAGAGGAAGGUGGUCUUCGACAUUGUGGCAGACAGAUGUGCGAUGAUGCGGCAGCCGGCACACGCAGCAGCUUACUUGUUGGAUCCUCGUCGACGUGACAUCUCUUUGUUGUCUAAUCGCAGCUCACCCGUCGUGCAAAGUACACUUGAUCAUUUCUCUUGUAUGUUGGGUGGAGGUUGGGAGUCAAAGGCGCUGGGAGACUUGUGGGAGGAUUUAUGGACCUUCCAAUGUGAUGAUCCUCGGUAUUGGCCGGUGGACGGUCCUCAUUGGUGGGACGAGGUUGUUCUUCUCAGCGCUAGCAGGAGGCCUGAGAGUCGCUACAUCGACGUGUGGGCCGACAUGGUUGAGGAUCCCCCCGAGGAGGUGGACGGUGGAGAUGUCUUGCCUGUCGAUGCGGAUGAGGAGGAGUGGGAGGCAGCCGCUCGAGCGAACCGUCAUAAGGACGGUCGUGAUCGCAUCACGUCUGCAUCUCGCUAUGCCGGCGAUCAUGGGCGGAUGCUGUGUGGAUGCAUCAGGACGGAAGACACCAACACGGUGGAGCAGGUGGCAGAGCAGGUCGCUGAUCAUCCGAGGGCGACACAAACUGUGGUGCAAACAGUGCAUCAAAGGGUGGACUGCGCCGUCGAUGACACAGUUCAAGAAAGGCGAGAGGAGGGUGCACGAUCUACGUUGGAGAAGAGUGUUCAGCAAACGGUCGGGGACGGUGCAUACCACAGAGCGGGUCGGAGUGUGGAGCCGAGGGUUGGGGAUGCCGUUACACCAACGGUGGAGCAGAGGGCCGAGCAGAGACGGGGAGACAGGGUGGAGGCAUUGGUGGAGCAGAGGACAGAGCAAAGGGCACACAUGUCUAGAGAUUGUAGAGUGGAGCAGAGGGCUGAGCAGAGGUUCGACGUCAGGGUGGACGUCUGUGUGGAUCAACGAUUGGGCCACGAGAGGGUGGCUGAAAGGGUGGGUGAGAGCGUGCUGCAUGAUGUGGGUGGUGUGAUGACGGAGGAGAGGACUAAGGAGAGGGGCAGGGUUAACCCGCAAGAGAGCGUUACACCAGAGACCACAUUGAGUCGAGGCUCUUUCUAUGGGAUUCCCCCGUUGCCCCCUCGUGGUGCACAAUCCUCUAUACGGGUUGAUGUUGGCGCACAUGUCGGGGAGCCACCACAGCGCCAGCGAGAAGGGGAGAUGGCCUCUAGUGGAGGCAGGGGCGCAUUGGACACCGUGUCCAGUCAUGAAAGGCAGGGUGGGAUACACAGCUCCAUCUUGACGAGUCGUUCACCAUCGUCGGAGAGUCUAGCACGCAUGCCCCACCAACCUCCUCCUUGUUCUGUGCAGUCACCCGGGCCAUGUAGGCUGAGUCAAGGCUCCAGUCUUGUUAGGUUUCGUGGGACGUUUAACACUCCCGGGACUGGCACUCGUGCGAUCAGUCCACUGGGCAUGCCCCCGCUUCCUGCACGACAACCGUCUGUUAUCAUUGACGAUACAAAGACGAGUCGUGCCGGCAGGAAGAGGAAAUUGAGGGGGGAUGAGGCAGGUGGUGAGCCAGCUGCCAGACGAUCGAAAGUCAGUACUGGUCGCCCUCAAGGCCGCCCACGUGGGUCAGGCAAAGGCCGCGCACAGUGCCGGCAGUCAUGGGCGCUGAGUGCAUUAGCAGAUGUGGAUACGGAGACUCCCGAUGUUUCGGAGCGGUUGCCUGUUGGACGUGGCAUUGCCAGCGGUGUGUGCACAAGGUCUCAGGGAGGUGACGGAGAGAGACGAAAAGUCUCUUCUAGAGUGCUCGACGACGAUCCUGACGACAAUGAUGAUGGCAACACCUCGGAUGAGAUGUCUGGUAGUGACUAUGCCGAGGAGGCUCGUCUGACAGGUGGAGAUUGUGGUGGAGAUGGGGAUGGCUCUCACGACACCGAGGAUGACGCGGAGUAGCGAGAUGUGCUUCAUUUUGUGUGUCGAUCUGCGUGUGCCUGUCUU